UUACAGAGGUUACGACUGUCGAAGCAAUUUAUUUUACACUCAGACGGGUGAAAUUGUAUACCAUGUUGCAGCAGUGGGAGUGGUGUACAAUCGACAGCAGAACACACAGCGCUUUUAUCUAGGUCAUGAUGAUGACAUUCUUUGCCUUGCUAUUCAUCCCUUAAAGGACUAUGUGGCAACAGGCCAGGUUGGUCGAGAUUCCUCAAUACACAUUUGGGAUACAGAAACAGUAAAACCACUCUCAGUAUUAAAGGGCUAUCACCAGUACGGUGUUUGUGCUGUUGAUUUUUCAGCGGAUGGGAAACGAUUGGCUUCUGUUGGAAUAGAUGAUAAUCACACUAUUGUACUCUGGGAUUGGAAGAAAGGAGAAAAACUUUCAGCAGUAAGGGGAAGCAAAGAUAAGAUAUUUGUUGUUAAGAUUAAUCCUUAUAUGCCUGAUAAAUUGAUUACAGUUGGAAUUAAACACCUGAAAUUCUGGCGUAGAGCAGGAGGAGGACUAAUUGGGAGAAAGGGCUGCAUAGGUGCAUUGGGAAGAACUGAUACAAUGAUGUGUGCGGUAUAUGGCUGGACUGAAGAGAUGGCGUUCUCUGGAACUUCCACAGGGGAUGUGUGUAUUUGGAGAGAUGUAUUUCUCAUAAAAACUGUCAAAGCACAUGAUGGUCCUGUGUUCAGCAUGCACGCAUUGGAAAAAGGAUUUGUCACUGGAGGAAAGGAUGGGGUAGUAGCUCUCUGGGACGAUACCUUUGAACGUUGUCUCAAAACCUAUGCUAUCAAAAGGGCUGCUUUGGCCCCUGGGUCUAAAGGUCUCCUCUUAGAAGAUAAUCCUUCUAUACGUGCCAUAUCUUUAGGACAUGGUCAUAUUUUAGUGGGCACAAAGAAUGGUGAAAUAUUGGAGGUGGAUAAAAGUGGACCAAUAACUCUGCUGGUUCAG